CUUGAGAAUCUGGAACCCACAGAGACCCCUUAUAGUCACCGAAUUUCAUCUUGUACGUUCCAUGCUAACACUUCUCACAGACAAGUAGAAAAAGAAAUUCACCAAUGCUCACACUGUGAGAAGAGUUUCCAUCAAAAGAGGAAUCUGAAAAAACACCAGCGAAUUCACACAGGAGGGAAGCUGUAUCACUGCUCACAGUGCGGGAAGAGUUUCAGUCAAAAGGGUAAUCUCAAUGAACACCACCACAUUCACACCGGAGAAAAGCCUUAUUCCUGCUCACAGUGUGGGAAGAGUUUCAGACAAAAGAGUAAUCUCCAAAAGCACCAACGGAUUCAUGCAAAAGAAAAGCCGUAUCGCUGCACACAGUGUGGGAAGAGUUACCACGAAAAGUAUCACCUGAAAGAACACCACCACAUUCACACAGGAGAAAAACCAUAUUCCUGUUCUCACUGUGGGAAAAGUUUCAGUCAAAAGAGUAAUUUCCAAAAGCACCAGCGUGUUCACACUGGAGAGAAGCCGUAUUACUGCUCACUGUGUUGGAAGAAUUUCACUAGCCAGCGUAAUCUUCAAAUACACCAACUCAUUCACACUGGAGAGAAGCCACAUCAGUGCUCACUGUGUGGGAAGAGUUUUACACAUAAGGGUACUCUCCACCAACACGAGCGCCUUCACACCGGAGAGAAACCGUAUCGCUGCUCACAGUGCGGGAAGAGUUUUCCACAUAGGAACAGCCUCCGACACCACCAGCACGUUCACACCGGAGAGAAGCCGUAUCAGUGCCCUCAGUGCGGGAAGAGUUUUACCCAAAGAAUAAGUCUACAACAACACCAGUACGUUCACACUGGAGAGAAGCCUCAUCGGUGUUCACAAUGUGGGAAGUGUUUUACACAAAGCGGUACUCUCCGACAACACCAACUCGUUCAUACUGGAGAGAAGCGGCAUCACUGCUCACAGUGUGGGAAAAGUUUUACACAAAGGAAGAGUCUCCGACAGCACCAGUACGUUCACACUGGAGAGAAGCCGCAUGGAUGUUCACAGUGUGGUAAACAUUUUAAAAGAAGGGGCCAUCUACAACAACACCAGCGGAUUCACACUGGAGGUGAACCGUGUUCCUGUUCAGAGUGUGGAAAGCGUUUUACUAGCCAGAGUAAUCUCCAGCACCACCAGUGCGUUCAUACGGAUAUGAACGUGGAUAGGGAACAGUUCUUACGAGAAAGUGUGGGAAUCGGGUAGUCCCAAAGACUUAUUUUGUGCCAAAUAGGAGCUUUUUACAGAAUGUUUUUUCAUUCUACGGCUGAUGGAGAAUUGUGCAUGUUCCUGAAAACUUAUUUCCAACAUGAGUCUUUACUCUGAAGUCCCUAAUUCCUUUACUGUUUAAUAAAAAUGGGACUUUAUAUAGUGUUGAAAGUAACAGUAUACUAUUCCAGAGCUGAUGUCUUCAUACAUGCCCGGGUUGGAUAUGUUGAUAAUGUUAAGAUUAAGAUCGUUACAGUGCUGUGAAAAAGUCUCCUGAUUUCUUCUGUGUUUGUGUAGAUCUCAUACUAAAUUGGUAUUAAAACAAAAUCUAAGAUAAAAGAAAGGCAACCUGAGUAAAUACAAAUACAGUUUUAAAUGAUAAUGUUAUUUAUUUAAGCAAAAAAAGUUGUCCAAUACAAACUGGGCUUGUGUGAACAUGUAUUUGCACCCGUAGUUACUAAUUCCCCCAGAUCUAUGAAAGUGCAUUGAUAAUGGGGUUCAGCUGGACGAGACACAACCAGGCUUAGGUUAUGAUUAUUGUAAACCCUGUUCAAUCACAUCUACACUUAAAUAGAACUUUUUGAACAGCAUGAAGUUGGUUAAAAGGUCUUACCCAGCCAAGCACAACAUCAAGCAAAACAAGACCUACAGGCCUCUCUUGCAUCAAUAAAGGUCACUGUUCAUGACUCCACUAUCAGAAAGACACUAUGGGAAAAUGGCUCCAUGGAAGUGUGGAGAGGUGAAAACCACUGCUAACCCAGAAGAACAUUUAAGACUCGUCUGAAUUUCACCAAAAUACACCUUGAUGAUCCCCAAACCUUUUGGGAGAAUGUUCUGUGGACUGAUGAGUAGAAAGUGGAACUGUUUGGAAGACAGGGGUCCCGUUACAUCUGGCGUAAACUAAACACAGAAUUCCACAAAAAGAACAUCAUACCUACGGCCAAGCAUGGUGGAGGAAGUGUGAUGGUGUGGGGAUGCUUUGCUGCUUCAGGGA